AUGAACAGAACCUUCAGCAUGAGGGCAGGGCCCGGGGGCAGGUCCUACAGCGCUGCCUCGGCCAUCGUGCCCAGCAGCAGCAGGGCUGGCUUCAGCUCCGUGUCCGUGGCACGGGCAGGAGGAGGAGGAGGAGGAGGAGGAGGGGGCGGCUUUGGGAGGCUCGUCGGGGGAGGUGGAGGCGGUGGCGGGGGAGGUUUUGGCAGCAGGAGCCUCUACAACCUCGGGGGCAGCAAGAGGAUUUCCAUCGGGGUCGGGAGCAGCUUCAGGGCCGCCUUUGGGGGGGGAGCUGGAGGGGGCUCCGGGCUGGGAGGGGGUGCAGGGGGUGGUGCUGGGCUGGGGCUCGGUGCUGGGGGUGCUGGGCUGGGGCUCGGUGGAGGAGGAGGAGGGUUUGGGGGGGGCAGGGGCCCGGCAGGAUUUCCCGGUGGCCCCCCCGGGGUCGGCACAAUCCAGGAGGUGACGGUGAACCAGAGCCUGCUGGCCCCCCUGAACCUGGAGAUCGACCCCAACAUCGGCCAGGUGCGCAAGGACGAGAAGGAGCAGAUCAAGAGCCUCAACAACAAGUUCGCCUCCUUCAUCGACAAGGUUCGGUUCCUGGAGCAGCAGAACAAGGUGCUGGAGACCAAGUGGACCCUCCUGCAGGAGCAGGGGCAGAAGAACAACUCCGGCAAGAGCAGCCUGGACCCGCUGUUCGAGGCCUACGUGGGCAACCUGCGGCGGCAGCUGGGCAACCUCCUCGGCGAGAGGGGCCGCAUGGACGGCGAGCUCAGGAACAUGCAGGACCUCGUCGAGGACUUCAAGAACAAGUACGAGGAGGAGAUCAACCGGCGCACGGCGGCCGAGAACGAGUUCGUGGUGCUCAAGAAGGACGUGGACGCUGCCUACAUGACCAAGGUGGAGCUGGAGGCCAAGGUGGACGCGCUGAGCGACGAACUCAACUUCCUGCGCGCCCUCUACGAGGCGGAGCUGGCCCAGCUCAGCGCCCAAGUGUCCGACACGGCCGUCAUCCUGUCCAUGGACAACAACCGCGACCUGGACCUGAGCAGCAUCAUCGCCGAGGUCAAGGCCCAGUACGAGGACAUCGCCAACCGCAGCCGCGCCGAGGCCGAGGCCUGGUACCAGACCAAGUUCGAGGAGCUGCAGGCCACGGCGGGCAGACACGGCGACGACCUGCGCAACACCAAGGGGGAGAUCUCGGAGCUCAACCGGCUCAUCCAGAGGAUCCGCUCCGAGAUCGAGAACACCCGGAACCAGUGUGCCACCAUCCAGACGGCCAUCGGGGACUCCGAGGAGCGCGGGGAGCUGGCCCUCAAGGACGCCAAGGCCAAGAUGAUGGACCUGGAGGACGCCCUGCAGAAGGCCAAGGCCGACAUGGCCCGGCAGCUCCGUGAGUACCAGGAGCUCAUGAACGUCAAGCUGGCCCUGGACAUCGAGAUCGCGACCUACAGGAAGCUGCUGGAAGGGGAGGAGAGCAGGCUCAGCGGGGAGGGACUGAACCCCAUCAGCUACUCUGUGAUCAGCUCCAGCUCCGGCCUGGCCGGCGGGGCCGGCUUGGGAGGAGGAUUUGGCAGCGGGAGCGGUUUUGGUCUCGGAGGCGGCGGCGGCGGAGGAGGAGGAGGAGGAGGAGGAGGAAGCUACAGCUUUGGAAGUGGAGGAGGACUUGGACUCGGGGGUGGAGGUGGUCUCGGAGGUGGAUUUGGAGGUGGCCACGGAGCAGGAGGUGGCAGCAGCAGCCUGAGCACCAGCGGGGGCAACUUCAGCUCCGGGAGCGCCAAAGGCACCAACCCCGGGGUGAAAAUCGUCUCCAAAACCUCCUCCAGCAAAAAGAGCAUCAAGAGCCAGAGCCUGAAGAACGCCACGGAGCCCGAGUAG